UCUCUAUAAGUUUUCUUUAAAGCCACAGACUUAUAAGCUUCCAAUUCAACCUCAUCGGAGAAAAGCAAAUAGUACCCACAAAAGCUUUUAGCUAGCAAAGUCUUGUUUGGGUGCACAUACAGGGAAAUAUAGAAAAGUGAGAAAGAAAGCAAAAGAGAAAGGAAAGCAAAGGGAACCAAAGAAGAGGAAAGGAGAAUUCUUUUCUAGUUUCCUUUGUGAUCUUUGGAUCGUUCAAAGCGCGCAUGAAGUAGUGAGUAGAAGACGCUAGUGUUUUUCAUUAGUGGUCAUAAGUGCAACAAAUGAUGGCCGGAAACCCUAACUGGUGGAGCACGCAUCCACCGUCAUCUAUCUUCCCUUCUCAAUAUGUGCUUGGAUCUUCUAAUUCACUCCCUCAGCUCAAUUCAUUCCCUGAUCAGCAUAACCUACAGCCUCCUCAAUCUUGGAGCCAAUUGCUUCUGGGCGGAUUGUCCGGAGAAGAUCAAGACAACUUUGGAAGUUUGAAUCAUUUUCCACCUAAAAGGUUGGAAAAUUGGGAGGAUCAUCAGCAGCAAAUAUUGAUUCCACAGUCGUAUCCAAGGGUUAAUCCUGUUGUUGACAGUAAUAUUAUAAAGCAAGAGGUUAAUUCCCAGAACAACAGCAACUUGUGUGGUGGAGAUGGAGGAGAAGAAUUUCAGGCACCUUAUAAUAAUAGGCCAUCUUGGUCAGCAGCACAAAUCAACAUGCCAGUUUCAUCCCCUAGGUCUUGUAUCACUAGUUUAAGUAGUAACAAUAUCUUGGACUUUUCCUAUAACCAGAAAAACCAACAUGCAGAUCACUCAUCUGAGUGCAAUAGUCCUCCCACCGACGGAAUGUGCAAGAAAGCUAGGGUUCAACCAUCUUCAAGCCAACCACCAUUAAAGGUGAGAAAGGAGAAGCUAGGAGAUAGAAUAACAGCCCUUCAUCAAAUAGUUUCCCCAUUUGGAAAGACUGACACUGCUUCUGUCUUGUUAGAAGCCAUUGGGUAUAUCAGAUUCCUCCAGAGUCAAAUUGAGGCCCUCAGCUCCCCUUACUUGGGCAAUGCCUCCAAAAACAUGAGGAAUAAUCCCCACUCUGUUCAAGGAGAAAGGAAUUGUGUGUUUCCUGAAGACCCUGGUCAGCUGUUGAAUGACAACUGCAGCCUGAAAAGAAAAGGGGCUUCUAACCAGCAGGAUUCUCAUCAAGACUAUAAGGCAAAGGAUUUAAGAAGUAAAGGAUUGUGUUUGGUUCCUGUUUCUUGCACUCAGAAUGUUGGGGGUGACAUUAACAUUGGAGCUGAUUAUUGGGCUCCGGCUUAUGGGAGCGGGUUUUAGUUUAAGACUCUAGGACUGGAUGCAGCUAGCAUAUAUUUGUAUGGUACGCUGCUUUUGUAGAAUGAGAUAACAUAAUGAGCAUUCACUCUGUUAGAAUUUAAUAAUUAAGAUUGAUUGCUCAUCAUGCUAUUUGCAUUCUAAAUUAGAAGUGUACUGUUGUGAGCUAGUAAUUUAUUGCACUACUUAACUAAUUAAUUAAAUAAAUUAAGCUACUCUCUCUCUCUCUCU